AUGGGGCACAUCUGCUUGCCACGCGGCAGAGGCACACGUGGACUUUUCCGGGUUAAAAAGGAACAAAACUACUUUACUCUCCGCGCGCGCAACAGAAAGUUUCAGGACAGACAAGACGAAAGAAAAAAAGCGGUGGAUGCCAUGGGCCAAUCCGAGGACACCGUCGUUGAGAGCGGGAGCCACAUAGAGUAUUCGCCUCCUCACCCCAGCAUCCACAAUGCACUGGCUCUACUCCAGCAGCAACAGCAGGCAAGCCCGGCCUGCUCACUGACCAGCGCUUGCUCCUCGCUGAGCAAGGCAGUCAACCACAAAGCGGAAGCAAUCGCGGAGGCCUACCGGACUCGAGUCGAAGCCGAAGCACAAGCUUAUCUCGAAGCAGCCACACGCAAGGCGGAGGCUAAGUCACAGCGGCUUCAGGCUGAAGCGGAGCGGUCUCGAAUGCACGACGAAUCCAAGGCUAUUGAUUUGCGAAAGCGCGAAGAGCAAAGAGCAGAGCAACUGAUCCAUAAUGCUGAAGUCAAGGCUGAUAGGCUGCUGGCCAGAGCCCGUGAAGAAGCUCAUACGAUAAAGGCUCUGGCCACUGAGGAGUCUGAGAAAGUUCUUGCAGAUGCGCUGACGCGAACAGAGAGACUGAAAGCAGAGAUUGAAGCGGCUAAGAAGAAGGAGAUUGCUGAAAUAAUCGAUCACGUGCAACAAAUGCUUGUAAUUGGGGAGAUUCCACGAAGUGAGCACAAGAGCGUAAUGAGGAGGGUGAAAGAAAGUUUUUCUUGCUACAUUUAGAAAGAGGGACAAAAUUACGUCGUUCCCGUAACCUAUGC